AUUUGGUGUUCCGUAUAAACCAAUAUGAUUUAUGAUUAUGGAUAUUAAAUCCUUCUUUCAGGAUUUUAAUCCUGGAAAGUUUUUGGCCUAUUUAUCUCUGGUUAUUUUUAUAUAUCUACUUGCCUUACGUUUAGAUGAGGAGAUAUUUUGGAAUUAUUGGUAUGUCUUUAUGCCAUUAUGGAUAUAUAACAUCAUAGUUGUAAUUGGGGCUCUUAUUGGUAGUGCAGUUUGGUGGUCAAACCCCAGAUACAGGUUAGAUAUUGAAUCUUAUAUUCAAUAUAAAGCUAUGAUACUAACAUUUGCAUUGCACUUAUUAAUAUUGAUGUUUGAAAUGUUAUUAUGUGAUAAAUUGCAAAAUGGUAAUUAUUUUUGGACUUUAGUAUUUAUUCCAUUAUUAUUUGCAUCUGUUAUUUCCAUUCCAAUAUGUGUUUGGUCAUUCCAUAGGCACAAAUCAUUUGAUUUACCUCUGUGUUGUGGAAUCAAUUGUGUUCAAUUUAUCUUUUUUGCACUUAAACUUGACAACUUCAUUCAGUGGUCAUGGAUGAUGAUCUUUAUUCCUUCUUGGAUGAUCGAAUGCCUGUCCAUUUUGGGGAUCAUUAGUAUCAUUAUUCUAACUUUCACACUCAUUAAAAGCUUCCAUCUCUUACACAUCGUUCGAAAAAAUAUACUUUCAGCCGGAAUAUAUUUCUUCAUACUCAUUCCUAUCCUCAUAUUUCAGAUUCUUCUAAUUAGUAAAUUGAAUGACGAAUCUAAAAUGAAAUAUACUCUAAUCGUUUUCCCAUUGAUUAUAUCGAUUCUAUUAAUGCUAACGUUAUCUUUUGCAUCGAAGCCACAAAAUCCUUGGUGGUUUGGUUUGCGAAAAGAUUUGUGCACCCUAUUUCUGGAACUAUUUCCAUCUUUGCGCGAAUACUUUAAUGUGUCCUAUGAUUGCCGUCACCCCCUUUCUGAAAAUGACGAGGAAAGACAAAUGACUUCGUCCUUGGAUCUAAUCAAUAGCCAUGCUACUAAUGAUAACCUUAAUUCGAGUGUUGUUAUCAACCAAUCCAUAAAUUCCACAAGUUACAAUGAUAGUUAUUUAAACAUAAAUAACACAAGAAAUAACGAAUACAAUCAUUACAACUAUCAAUUGCUGACUGGGCACGCCAACUCCGAAAGCACACCUCAAAAUCAACGAAACAAAUCAUCACCCGCCACCUUAAAAUCGUUGAUAUUUCAUCCUUAUUCAGGCAUUCACAAUUUUAACAACUCCGCCGAUGACCAUAAUUAUAAAACGGAAAAUGGAAAUAAGCAGCAAUGUUAUCACAAAACUAUAAACUAUUGUGAUAAUCAGGAUAAUCCGGGUGGGUCGUCGAAUGCUCAUUUUAACAUUAAUUUACAUGCAAACGCCGAAAAUCGUCGUCUUUCGCGCACGAAGGAAGAAUUUAGUGGGAGGGAUAAAACAUCAAAGUUAUUUCCUUCGUAUGUCAGCAUAUUUUUGCCUGAUUGAUAUAACCAUGUAAAAUUCUAACUAAAUAGAUAACUGCAAUAUACAUGAUGUAAAUUUUGGCGCAGUUGCUAACCUACCAUCGUAACGCGUCAUGUACUCUAAUAACCCAUUUUAAUUUUAAUCAGAUUGGAUAAGAAUCUAAAAUAAAACUUUGCAAAUUAUCUUUGAAGAAGUCAUUUAUCGAAUUUACCAAGUCAGAACUUUGGUUUAAAGAAAAAAAUACGAU